GUUUAAUAAUCUGUGCCAUUCUUAUUCGUACUCGCUAAAGAAGUAGUUGUCUCUCUACUCGCAUCUGCAUCCCAUGUGAUCGCGGUUUAUUCGACAUUUUCGGCGUAAUCUAGAACAAGUCUUUGAUUUGUGACAGGGGAUAUACAAAGAUCGUCAAGUAAUUUGAAUGGGUGAAUGUUUAGAUUGCCGAGCUCCUUACUGUUAUCGGCACGACCAAUUUUGGAAGAAGCAUUCUAAUUUAAGGCAGAUGAGAAUUACGUACUCAUAAACAGACUCGCGAAUAUAAAGAUUUAAGGAAAUUCUCCCUUACCUAGUGAAAUUGUGUGGCAACUAGAGUUCAGCAAAAUAGACCCAAUUUACUAUCAGUGUUAGUUUGAAGAGUAUGGUUUCAUCCGGCUACUAGUAAGUGUUUUCUUACAUUUGGGUUAGAGCUGCCCAGUGGAAAUUAAAGUGGGAUACCGAUCACCUUGUAUGGAUUAAAAUGGUGCACCUACUUUCAGUAUGCAUCUUUUGCCUCAUUUGUGCUACUCAUACACCCUGUGGGUCUCACGCUGCCGUUUCCAAUUUGGGAGAGUACCGACAUGAUGGCUAUAAGGAUCCGAAUAUUUUGCAACGUGAACAUCAUGAGCAGCUCACCUUAAGAGCUAAACGGCAUAACGAAGAACGAUCUGAUAUAACAAAUAUUGACCCAAGCACGAAACGGGAUUCCGACUUCUUAAAGAAGAUAUUUUUAAAGUUUGGCGAUGGAGAUAAAAUGUCCAUAGAGGGACUCGAAAGGCUCUUGAAAAAGCUGGACUUAUUGCAGGUUGUAACGGAGAGGAUUGAAGCACAUGAUAAGGAGGAUCAUCAUAAAACUUUAGAUGUGGAUGUCAAAAAGCAGCCUAGGCAGAUCGAAAAUAAUGGCAGUUGCUUCAACACGGAAAGGAUCGCCGUACUGCAACAAAGAACCGAAAAGCAGCCCUUAAACCAGACGGCAUUUUCUGAAGCCUGUCCGCUACUGAUUUACAGUCUCUUAACUGAGAAGUGCUCGACAAUAGAAAAAGCCACGUUGGAAAUAUCCACACCUGAACCACGAGGAAAUUAUGCCAGAAAUUGGCUUUUCUCAAUUUUGGCUGUGGUAGUUAUAAGUGUAUGUGGACUUGGUGCUCUAGUGAUAAUUCCAAUGAUGCAGAAGAAGUUUUAUAAACCAUUGCUCCAGUUUCUGGUGGCUUUGGCUGUAGGUACUCUUGCUGGAGAUGCGCUACUUCAUUUGCUCCCUCACGCGAUGAGCGAAGUUCAUUCCCAUGGUGCUGAACACCAUUACGACCCGGAUGGACCGGAUCCUCACACCUCAAAUACAUGGAAAGGACUGGCGGCUAUGAUGGGCUUAACAUUAUUUUUCAUUAUGGAAAGGCUAAUUAUGGUAGCUGCCAAAUAUAGGAAGAAGAAGCAGAAGGAUUCUAGUGUUUCUCAUGCUCAUGUGCAGGUUUAUAAUGACGAAGGCGAAAGGAGAAAUUCUACUCAGUGUAUGGAUAAAUAUAACACAUAUCCUUAUUGUUAUAAUGAUAUAAUGACGGACCCUAAUGAUAAAUCUGAACCUAAGAUGGAAACCAAUCAGAACAUGCUCGAUGGAGAUCUGAUUUUAACGCCCUGCAUUGAAACCAAAAUGCUCCCACGCGAACAUGAAGAUUAUACGGUUAUAGUCAGAGAACAUGAAAUUGAUCAUCAUGGUCAUUCCCAUAAACAUGGACAUGUUCAUGCAGCCCCACAGAAUUAUUCGUCAGUUGCUUGGAUGGUAAUCAUGGGAGAUGGUUUGCACAAUUUCACCGAUGGAAUGGCAAUCGGUGCUGCAUUUGCUAGCGGAAUAGGCGGUGGUGUUUCAACGACAGUGGCAGUUUUCUGCCACGAGUUACCGCACGAACUUGGAGACUUUGCCUUGUUACUUAAGGCAGGGAUGACCAUGAAACAGGCCAUGUAUUACAAUAUCUUAUCAAGUAUAUUGUGCAUUUUUGGGAACUUUGUAGGAUUGAUCUUAGGUAAUACUGAAGUUGCUAAUCAGUGGGUUUUCGCAGUAGCUGCGGGAACUUUUAUUUAUAUCGCCCUAGUAGACAUGAUGCCAGAGCUCAGUUCUGCACAUGAAGAUGAGGAAAAUCUGUUCCAGUACUUUUUACAUUUGAGCGGUCUUCUAAUGGGCAUCGGUAUAAUGACGGCUAUAGCCCUUUGUGAAAACGACUUGAAAACUUUGUUCGACGACUCUUAAAUCUAGUGAACUAUUACCAAUCAGAAAAAUACAAUAGAAAGGUCGGUUGGGACUAUUUUUUCUAUAAAAUUGUACUUAUUGGGGAUUGUCUGUUAUGGUAUGUUGUUAUAGGACUCAUUAAUAUCCGCAAAGGAAAUAAACCUGAAAAGCGAAACAAACAAUUUUUGUUAAAUCGUUUGUAUCACUUCACGUACAAACGAUUUUUGAUAAAUUGUUUGUUUCAGUAGCUUUUUAGGUCGUUAUAGUAUAAGAAGUGUGCUAUAGUUUAAAGAAGAAUUGUUGAUUGUGAAACAAACUUUUUUUUGGUCGAUUUAACCAGAACGACUUUACUUAUGAAGUAGGUAUAUUUAAACUAACAAUGAAAAAGGUUUUUUGUGUUGCUCGUAAUAUUGAUAAGAUCUCGAAGUUUGUAAAGAUUUAUACUCGUUUAGUAUAAUUAGUGAAAACAAAUUUUCAGUUCGAACCUUAAUUGUAAUAAUUAUUUAUCUCAUUUAUCUGAAAUGACACAAAAACCUUGCUUCCUCUCUUUCAAAUGUAAGUUCCUAAUUAUUUAUAAAAUAUAUUUUAAUACAGCUACCGACUUAGCUGCUCCUGUAGUGAGUGGUCUACGAUCGAGUAUUAAGAAUAUUUGACACUUUUCAGUAUAAUGAUUUUCUAGCAAACCCCAAAUUCAAACUAGUAUUUCAGCGUCAAUUCAGUUGCUGUAGUGCGUUGAAGUGUAUUUAUUUGGUAUACAUUUUUUUAUAUUCACAUCGUAGAUUCAUUUUGCAGCUAAAAUAGUAUUUUGAUUUUUUUCAUUGUAAUAAUUUUAUGAAGCAAGUUUUACAUCCAUAAGCAAUUUUCCGGAAUGUAUCCCACAUACCACUUUGUAUCUGAAAUUAUUGCCAUGAGUACCACUAAUUGAGUUAAAUGCGUGGUAAUGUGUAUUUGGGAAAAGCGCUACUUUUCAUUUAUGGGUCAGUAUUUGCACAAGCAAAAGCCGUUAGAAACUUAUUAGUAUUUUUCUAUUUUUCAUGCACUCUUUUUUAUAACUCGCGAUAAUAGAUGCUAUAUAACUUCUAUGCUAUAAAUUGCUUGGCUCAAUAGUUGUAGCUGAAUUUAUGCUGGUCAGAGCGGUUGAUUUUAUUAUGUUAUUAUAUAAAAAAUCCGGUAUUUACACGAAGUGUAGUUUACUCCAUUUAUUUGAGUGGAGCACAGGCAGCAUUAAACACAUCUUUGAUAAUGUACAUACAUAUGUAUCUAUAUAAUUAAAGGUUUAGAGUGUACUUUUUCUAACUACCUAACUACUAAUUGUAUCUAACUGUAAUGAACAAUUUUGAAGCGUUUUUAAUUCGUUUAUUUGCUAUAUUUUGUAGGUAUGAAAUAAAAAUGUGAUUAAAAGAAACAGGAAACGUACAUUUGUUUAAACCUGUUGAUAUUUAAUUAAGGAGCAUGAUUAUUGUUCUAUUAUGUUUUGUAAUGAGUAAGACGUAUGAAAUAAACUGAGUAAUAAAAGUA